AUGUCCGAAAUUCGCUUCCUUCGGCGGAGUCUCCGCAUCCUCGUCCUCAAUCCCAACUCAUCCACCACCAUGACGGCAGGGGCGGCCAAUGCCAUUCGGCAAAUGUCUCUUCCAGAAUCGGUGGAGAUUUACACCUACACGGCCCCUCCAGGUGUUGCCCCUGGUAGCAUCAACGACCAGGAGGGGAUUGACGCCAGUGCAAAGGCUGUCCUUGAUGACCCCAACAUUCAGGAGGAGCUCGACUCCGACAAGUACGAUGCGGUGCUUGUGGCUUGCUUCAGCGUGCACUGUCUCGUCUCCAAGUUGACGAGAUACCGUCACCUCGCUGUCACCGGCAUCUUUGAAGCCAGCAUUCUCACGGCUCUUUCUCUCAUUCCCGCACCAGACGAUGCCAGCAAAUGGGGCAUUGUCACAACGGGGAAAUGGUGGGAGGACCACCUGUCGAACGGUGUCAAGAAAUUCCUUGGCCAGGAACGGGAUGGCAUCAACAACAAGUUCGCCGGCGUCUUCUCGUCUGGCCUCACCGCAGGCGACUUUCACACGGUAUCACCAGAGCAGGUCAAGGAAAAGCUCAAGGGAGCAACUCGGGAGCUACUCUCUUCGGGGCAGGUGUCAUGUGUCGUGAUGGGGUGUGCAGGAAUGGCGGGUCUGGAAGAAAUAAUUCGCUCAACAGCUGUCGAGAUGUACGGCAAGGCCGACGGCAAUCUCGUCUACAUCAUCGACGGUGUCAAGGCUGGUGUCAUGCAGUUGGAGCAGAUGGUCCACAGCAAAAGGGCCUUUCGAUGA